CAUUUGAGGCAUCUAUAUAUAUUGUAUUUGCAGUUCAUUUUAUUGAUAAAUUGUGAGAAAAGUCACAUUGACUUAUCAUUGUUGCGCAUGUUUUCUUUUUAAUAUUUUUUUUCAACACGCUGCUAUUAUUAUAUUUUUUAUUUUCAAAAAUAACUUCUUCAUUCAAGCCCAGAAGGCUUUAUUCGAACAUUUAAAUUGAAUACAUAAGUCUUUGAUUGCGCAGACAGUGGCUUACUCUGUGCUCUGUAAAAUGGAAAGAGUUACUGUGUUGAUUUUAACUCUCAUAAAUAUUGAAGUUUUCGUCCAGUCACAAACACCCCCCAACCUUACUUGUUACUCACCUAGACCAUUUAAUCCAUCGUGUACCGACAAGUACGCCGCCUUUCCCGGCCACCUGAACUGUGAGGACCAAAGUCUCUUGGUUGGAAGUAAGAUGACAAUUACUGACAAAGAAUUGACAAGCAUAGCGGACGAACACAAUCGAAUUCGCUCGAAUGUCGUACCAAAGGCAGCCAACAUGCUUGAUAUGCACGAUAACCAGGGCCUUGAGACGGCUGCACUGCGAUGGGCAAGACGAUGCACAGCUGACAGCACUUGGUACCAGCGUUCCACUCCAGGUGCGUUCAUUCCCGGACAGAACUAUUUGUUCAGCGAAACUCCAUUGAACUGGACAGACGUUUUAGCGGUUUGGGAGGCGGAGAAUACAAGCUUCACUUACGGUGGACCGGGAAAUGACGCGACUCGGGUCGGAAAUUAUACACAGAUGAUUUGGUCAGAGACGGCGUCUGUUGGUUGCGGCGCGGCGGACUGUGGUGGGCGUUACCUCUAUAUCUGUCUUUAUGCCCCCAUAUUGGAUCCCUCUAAACGCGACCAACCGUAUAAGCCUACUUCUUCUGCGGGUUGCGAUGACUGUCAACGUAACUGUACUGCAACCACAAAGCUAUGCGAUUUCAAGGGACUUCUAUGUCUGGGUGGCUCUAAAGUCAACAUGACCACCGGCUCAUCGUGCGACUGUCUUGACAAUGAUCACUACAACGGAACAAUAUGUGAAUUGAAAUGCGUUGGCACAAACGACACCGAUCCUGAAUGUUUUAAGACGCUUCGAGGCACGUGCAGCACGAAUUUAACUACGAUGUUCCGGUGUCCUUGGAUGUGUAAUGUCUGUCCAUAUGCAGCGUCUAGCUGGGGCACCGCAUCCAACUCCAGAAUGCCAUGGGAGAAGGAUCUUCCCGCUUGCACCACCACCACCGCGGCUACCAGCCAUCUGCCUAACGUCGUAAGCUCCUCCACAUCCGACCAGGGGCCGGGCCAGGAUAACAGCGGGGGAGCGGCUGCAGCGAUCAGCCUGUGCGCCUUGAUGGCAUGGGCAGCAAUGGCAGUCCUCCUGGCUGACAUGUUCUAGAGGCAUUUGAGAUGAGUUCCAAAUUAAGUCUUUUCUUCGAACAAUAAACACGUUAUUUCGACACACUGUUCAUUGCCAGUAUAUUAUUGUGGCUAGACAUUUGCUUCAUUUUCCAUGGGUCUACCUGAUUAUUAAGGUGUAAAACAAGAUACAAAAACACACCGUUUUCGUUUUGGAAGUGUUGAACACUGAAUUGCAUAUUUUAUUUUGAAAUGUAAGCCGAAUGAAUUUUCAUAAUUAUAUAUUCCUUGCAAUUACUUUAGCGUUUAAUUUUGAUGCAAUAAAUCAUACUAGUGUG